AUGUUGGCUGAUUUAGAGAGUCACUUGAUAAAAAAGGAAGACACAGUCACCCGCAGCUGGGCAUUCAAAGAGGAUUCCACCAUGAUGAACCAUCAGCUCUGCACCUCAUUCAUUUGGCUGUUGCUCUGUCAACUCAUUGCUGAUGGAUCAGCAGUUACUGUUUAUGGAUAUACAGGACAGAGUGUCACUCUUCCUUGUGAGUAUGAUGGCAAAUACUACGGUUCUUUGUCCAUCUGUUGGGGCAAAGGCCUCCUGCCAUCAAGAGGCUGUGGUGAUCAGAUCAUUCAGACAGAGGGCUCAACAGUGACCACACGAUCAUCAUCACGGUAUCAGCUGGUCAACAGACACAGAGAUGUGGGGGAUGUUUCUUUAACGAUCACGAAUGCAAGAGAGCAAGAUAGCGGUACCUAUGGCUGCAGGGUGGAUAUACCAGGAUGGUUCAAUGACCAGAAAACCCAUGUGGACCUCCACAUACAAACUGCUCCAACAACCACCACCACCACCCCCACCACCACAACAACAACAACAACAACAACAGAAGCCCCAACAACUACAACAGAAGCCCCAACAACACUUGUAGAGACCACUACUUUAGAAACCACUGCGGCAACAACUCCUGCAGAAGUAACUACAGGAAUCACAACAUCAACAGAUGAAUGGGUCAUAUUUGUUCAAGAAUCCACUGCAGAACCUCCUACCACUACUACUGCACUGCCUGUCACAGUAGAAGCUACACCAAGACCGACCAAGUUGACUGAGAUGUCUACUGCAGAACCCUCAAACGUACUAUCAGAGCAACCGGAUUCAAUAGCAAAGGAAACCCCGGGGAGCGACAUUACCAUUUCUCUGACAACUCCUGAAGUCAAGCUGUCAACAGCAAGCAUUCCAUUUAUAAGACAGGUGCUGGAAAGAAACCCUGCUUUAUGGUGGAUCCUGCCUGUUUUGGGAGUUGUUGUUAUAGUUUCUGCUAUAACCAUACUGGUGGUCAAAAAGAGACAGCUGAAAAUGGGAACCUUUACCAUAUUAGAAAAAAGUGGGAAUGGAACCCUGUCAACAAAUUCUGACUCCAGCCAAGGCCAACUAAGCAGUGAGAUGGAGAUCCUAGAUUCCUUGCAUCAUCCCUUGUAAUGAAUAUUGUAAAUAAGAGUAACAGUGAACCUUUAUCUCUCAUUUUGAAUUGUACUUUUAAAUGGUGGAUCCCUUGCUAUCCCCUGUAUGUGGUCUCUUGUUACUUUUUGUACGCAGUUAGCUAAGUAAAUUACACUAUAAAGUUACAGAAGAUGUAUAUAACUCAUUAAUAUUUCAAUGUAUCUUUAAAUCAAUAUUGUGCACUGCACUGGUAAUGUGUUAUUUAGAUGUUCUCACCGAAGAUGAUGGCUUUUAUAUAUAUAUAUAUAUAUAUAGGAAUACAGAUGGCAGUCAAUGUGUUAACGGUUUAUGUAUUGGAAAUGGAAGUUGGAAAUUGAGCAAAUAAUACAAUAUGUUUACGUCUGUAUAUUUUACAUUUCAUAGUAACGUUAACAGUCAAUGUUUCAUAGUCAAUGUUAACAGUUAUUCAGCUAAGCAUGAGAGUUAUACAGAUUGCCUGUGUAUGCUGUACUAUAAUAAUAAUAGACUAUGCCCUUGCAUGGGUUGAAAACAAUUCUCAAUUUUCUAGGCAGUCCUUAUCAAAAAAUGGAAAGUAUUGUAUGAAAUUGAACAAAACUUUCUUCAUAACUUUGAAUAAAAAAUAACACUCCU